AGCGUCCCCGCGGUUCCCGGUUAUAACUCCUCCGCGAAAGCGCCGGGACUCAGUUGGUCCCCCCGACGCCGAGGAUGCGGGUCCUGAGCCCCCCCACCCUCCUCCUGCUGCUCUCGGGGGCGCUGGUCCUGCCCCCCAGCUGGGCCCGCCCCCACUCCCUGAGGUAUUUCAGCACCAGCGUGUCCCGGCCCGGCCGCGGGGAGCCCCGCUUCCUCUCCGUCGGCUACGUGGACGACACGCAGUUCGUGCGGUUCGACAGCGACGCCCCGAAUCCGAGGGAGGAGCCGCGGGCGCCGUGGAUGCAGCAGCCGUGGGUGGAGCGGGAGGACCCGGGGUAUUGGGACCGGGAGACGCAGAUCAGCAAGGAAACCGCACGUAUUUACCGAGUGGGACUGCAGACCCUGCGCACCUACUACAACCGGAGCGAGGACGGGUCUCACACGGUCCAGAGCAUGUAUGGCUGCGACCUGGGACCCGACGGGCGCCUCCUCCGCGGGUACAGACAAUUCGCCUACGACGGCGUCGACUACCUCGCCCUGAAUGAGGACCUGACCUCCUGGACCGCGGCCGACAUGGCGGCUCAGAUCACCAAGCGCAAGUGGGAGGUGGCCGGUGAGGCAGAGCGUUUCAGGUUCUACCUGGAGGGCCUGUGUGUGGAGUCGCUGCUCAUGUACCUGGACAAAGGGAACGAGACUCUGCAGCGCACAGACCCUCCAAAGGCACACGUGACCCACCACCCCGUCUCUGCCCGUGAGGUCACCCUGAGGUGCUGGGCGCUGGGCUUCUACCCUGCGGACAUCAGCCUGACCUGGCAGCGUGACGGGGAGGACCAGACCCAGGACAUGGAGCUGGUGGAGACCAGGCCUGCAGGAGACGGGACCUUCCAGAAGUGGGCUGCCGUGGGGGUGCCCCCUGGAGAGGAGCAGAGAUACACGUGCCAUGUGCAGCACGAGGGGCUGCCCGAGCCCCUGACCCUGAGAUGGGCUGAGGAGGGGCCGUGAGCACAGAGCCUCUUCUCAGGGCAGCAGGGGCCCUAGGGGUCAGGGCCCUCACCCUGCCUUCCCUUCUCCCCUUCAUCUUCAUCUUCUAACCGCUAUGAUGUACGCCGGAAACCUAUAUAAUCUUGAACUGUAAUUGAAAAAUAAAAAUAAAAACUAUGUACGUUUA